CGUUCCUCUACUCUGCACUCACGGCUCUGAAAAACGUGGGCUUGUUUGUGAAUCGCUACCUGCGCAGCUGACCCCCUCCACCACUCACUGAGUGAACCCUACCGCCACCAUGGACUCAGCGCUCGGAGUUAAGAGGCCCCGUCUUCGCUCUCAGUAUAUGACAGCUGAACUGCGGAGGAUUUUUUCUGAAGACACAGAAUCUGAGAGUGAUGUGUUUGAGGGAUUUACUCAGAGUGAAGUAGAUACGCAGAGUAAGCUGGUGUCAGAUGGAAGUGAUGAAGAUUGUGGCGGGUCGGGAAGUGAAGAAGCUGCUAGUCCUCCUAAACGACGAAGCUUCGGCCUUCGCGUUGCACUACAGUUUCCCAAUAAAAAGUGUGUUAACAAGAGUAAGAAGGCUCCCGAGGUUCCCCUUUCAAAAUUGGGCAAGGAAGAAGGGAAAAAACCUAACCCCCGAGUAAAGAAUUCUCAGCAAGGGAGCAAAAGGAAAGCCUCCCCGGCAUCUGACUCUGAGGAGAACGGUGUCAAAUCCAACCAGGGAGAUUCCAGCGCCUUGCUUAAAAGAGCAAUGAACAUUAAGGAAAACAAAGCAGUGCUUGCCCAGCUGCUUGCUGAACUGAAUUCUAUGCCUGAACUUUUUCCUGGAAAGAAAACUGCUGGCGCUACUCCUCCCUCUAAAACAAAAAAAGCUCCUCGAAGAAGUUUCUCUGAAGGUCCGGUCGAACGACGUACAAACCCAACCAGAAAUGCACGUCCCCCAGAGAACUUUGCACUGGAAAAUUUCACUUUAUCAGCUGUUAAAUUUGCUGAACACCUACAGAGCUACAGAAAGGGAGCUUUGCUAAAGCAAACAAUGAGUGAGGAGGAGCGUGAAGAAUAUCAGAGGAGAAGGAGGUCAUCAAAGUACACUAGUUUUCGCUCUGUUGAAGAUAUUACGGAAGAGGAGUUGGAAAAUGUUGCUGUUACUGUUAAAGACAAGAUUUAUGACAAAAUUGUGGGCAGCACAUGUCAUCAAUGCCGGCAGAAAACAGUUGACACUAAAACAGUCUGUCGCAAUCUAGGCUGUGGCGGAGUCAGGGGCCAGUUUUGUGGUCCGUGUCUACGGAACCGGUAUGGUGAAGAUGUGAGAACUGCGCUUCUAGACCCUGAUUGGAUAUGUCCUUCAUGUCGAGAUAUUUGUAACUGCAGCUACUGCCGCAAGCGUGACGGUCGCUGUGCCACGGGAAUGCUUAUUCAUUUGGCAAAGUUUUACGGUCAUGAUAAUGUUAAAGAGUAUCUUGAAAGCUUACAAAAAGGACUAGUGGAAGAUGAUUGAUUUUGGACAAGAAUUAAAGAAAAAUGAAAGUACUUAAGACCCCCAAUGUUUUUCAACGUUUUGCUUAUUCUUCUUGACCACAAAGCCAGAUGGAUCUGCAGUUGUAUUUGGAUCACAUUAAUUCAGAUUAUAUAAAUUUAGGGAAAUAAUUUCUAAUCUAAUGUAGGAAAACAUGCACCUUAUAUGUGAGUGUAACUGUGCCCAUAAAGUAGGCAUAGUACACAUCAGCAUUUCUCUUUUUUAAUAUUCACGUAAGUUUAUUCUAUCCGGUUACAUAGCUGAAACCAUGAAAAUGCCUUUGGCGUGGUGUUUAAUUUCAAUGGACCAAUGCUACUUCUGUCUAGAUGGUUUACAGAGCUGCACUGGAUUGUUUGCAAGCUUGGCUUGCCACGAGUUUACUAACUUUGCUGUUUUGGAAAAAUGACAAAAGGAUUGUAAAUGUUGGGUAGAAAUUGAUGAGUUGAGCCCAAAAAGUAGAUUUUUAAAAAUUGAUCCAAUUAUUUAUGCUUGAAAUCUGCGAUUUUCUUGACCGUUCCCUUCAACUUCUCUUUUACGCAAUUUGUUUUAUCCACACUGAACAAAUCUCGGCCAAAAAAAAAAGUUUGAUAGGUUUUCAUAGACUGCUCCACAUUUUAAAAAAAAUA